AGGGGAGGGUUACCGUUAGGUUUGGGGAAGCAGAAUUACAGUAGAAGAAAACAGUUAAGGGAGGACGAAGGAGUUAGUGCUAGCGAUUUUGGCGUGGAAGCAGGAGACGGCAACAUUAAAGGGUCACGCAAGAUAAUCUCUGGACGAAUUGCAGGAAUCUGUUCGAGAAAGCUCGAAAAGUUUGAGCUAGAACCGAGCAAGAGCAUUCAAAUAGCGGCGUCAUACAAAAGGAGGGAGGUGACGAGAUCAUUUAGAGUCUGGGGGGAUUUCGAGCAAAGUGAAAAUAACAGAAGCUUAAAGGAAACAAUAUAGAGAGGCGGAGAUUCGAGCAAGAAAAGUGAAAGAAAACAGAAAGAAAAAAAAAAAGAACGAGAAAAAAACAAAAAAGCAAAAGAGGGGAGAGAGGCAUAGAACGAAGAAGGCUCAGAGAUAGGAUUGCAGAAACCCUAAGGAGAGCAUUAGGGGAUUUCCUAUCUGGACCCCUUUGCCUGAAAUGCAACUUGUCACCACCACACUUGAUGGCUCCAACGACUUGUCUUGGAGCCGAGCCAUGGUGAUUGCGUUGAGAGCCAAGGACAAGCUUGCUCUCAUUGAUGGCAGAUGCAAAAAGCCUGAACCUGAUGCAGCAGAAUAUGAACAAUGGCACAAAACAGACAGCAUGGUGGUAUCUUGGAUCCUGAACUCGAUGAACAAAGAGCUUGCUAGCGCCUUCCUGUUCACCACAUCAGCCAAAAACCUAUGGGAUGAAAUAAAAGAGAAGUAUGCUAAUCGCUGAAAUCAAAAUAUGGGCAAGAAGAAAUUCAUCAACAAGAAAAAAGCUGCAACUUUCCAGUUACUCGCCCGGGACUCAUCUGAUCCCAAUUACAAUGACUCACCUGGCAGUGACCGUGUCUUUGUUCGAGUCGACAACGGUACCUACUCAGUGAACAGAUUCUUUGACGUUGAUAGCUGCCACAGAGGGAGCUGCCAAGAGCAUGAUGAUCCCAGUUCAAUAUUCUCUGAUGCACAUGAAGAUAAUGAUGGCGGAGAUGAUGAUGAUCAGGUUUUUGGGAUUCCAAUGGCAUGUCAAGGUGGAACUGGUGGGGCCACGAGUGGAACAGCACUGCCGGAGUAUGCGAGGAGAGAGAUUUUGGACUUAGGGUUUCCUGAUGAUGGUUAUAAUUAUCUGGUUCACUUGAGAGAGAUUAAAAAUACUGGUGGGGGUUCAGCUUUUUAUCAUAAUCUUAAGGCAAGGCUUGAUCAGCUUCCCCAUGAUGUUAAGGCUUAUGAUGCCUCUAGACUGAAGAUUUCUCAAGCGGAAUGUGAUCCUUGUGAAAAAUCUAUUUAUGCUGUAGCCUCCAGAACCAUUAACGUAAGGGUGCAGAAAGCUGUUGAUCCUGAUGUGACUGCAUUACUUGAUGAUAGUGAUUUGUCCAGGUUUAAUUCUGAUGUUGAGGAACUGGAAGAGGACUUUGUUGUUCAAGCAAAUCUUCUGGAAGAAAAGGGGAAUGAUUUAGAUAUAAGGAACAAGCUAGCUUUUGUUGAGGAACUUGAGGCAAGCAAUAAAGGAGACUAUCCUACUUUUAAUCAUCAUGACAAUGUCGUCAGCUUUGGUGAUUUGGAUGAAGAAAGAAAAGAAUCCGUGAGAGCAGGAGAUUAUUUUACUGGCGAGAAAACGAGAGUUCAUCGUCUUUUGGAUGAGCAAUUUGAUUUGCUUCAACUUCAAGAAUAUGGCUCCACUAGUGAUGAUGAUUGCAAUGAUUACAUAGCUGAAGAAGAAGAAGAAGAAGAAGAAUCUCUUGCAGAGAAGCUCAAGAAUGUCCUUAGUGACUGUGUGGUAGAUGAUCCCGAACUUGGUGAAAAAUAUGUGGUUCUUGCAGAGUUAUUGCAUAAAAAUGAGAAAGCAAAAGACAAAGAGUUACUAGAAUCUGCUGCUGAUGUUUUUCGCCGUUGUGUGGAAUAUGCUGAGAAGUAUGAAAAUGAAAAUGAAGAUGAAGAUGAAAUGGUGGUUGUUAAGGAAAGUAGUGAUGAGUCUGGAGGAUGGGAUUGCGAGACCAUUGUUUCUACAUAUUCAAAUCUUGACAAUCAUCCUGGAAAAAUUGAAGCUCCAGGAAUAGCCAUGAAAAAGAAGCUGGCGGAAACUGUCUCUGGAUCGUUGCAUUUCAACAGCAACAUAAUAUCCCUUAGAGGAAAGGAAAAGCUUCCGGUAGAUUUUUUGCCUUGUAGAAAGACUGAUAAAGAAAAAUUAAAGGAUGCGUGCAGCUCAAAAAUUGAACUGCCAAAGAGGAAGCAACAUGGACGUGAGUCAAAAGAUGAAAAGAAAGAGCGAAAGGCUGCCGUAAAGGAGAAACGCCGUGAAGCACUACAAAUGAGAAAGGAAACGAGUGGGCUGUACAAGGAAGCAGCAAGACGCGCUCAGAGAGUUGCUGCUAUAUCUGGGCCUUCCUCUGUUCAUCUAAAAUAACUGUGACGGACUGAUCCUUUCUAUUGAAGUUUUUGUUGGAUUACUUUGGCACAAAAUUUGACAAGGGCAAGAAACAAGUUGUAGAAGAUAGGCAAUUCUCAGAUUUUCAAUUGGAAGUCUUACCUUGAUCAUCUUUAAGUAUGGAAGAGAAAACAAUACGAAAAUAAAUAUAAUGCUCAAUUCAAAUUCUGAUGA